AUUGAGGUUGCUUCACCGACAUAAUGAUUAAGGUUAUGUCGAUGGGUUUCUUAGUAAACAUUUAGGUUAGGGCUUUCGUGGUUGCAGUAGGGUUAUUAUUUCUAUUAUUAUUAGAGAGGCAGUUAAAAGAAAGACAGUUGGGAACGCCUCAGGCUUUUUGAAAUUUUUGGUUCAUAGUUCUCAGGAAUCAUGAAUAAAAUACAUCUUACUCCAGAUGUGAUAGGUUUUUCACUAUACACUCCUGAAGAAAUAAGAAAAUUAGCUGUUACCAAAAUUAUAACGCCACUUAUGUUCGAUGCAUUGGGUCAUCCAAUACCAGGAGGAUUAUAUGAUGGAAAGUUAGGACCUAUAUCUGAUAAAGGUGAAAUAUGUGGUACUUGUACCAAAACAAUGAUGAACUGCCCAGGGCAUUUUGGGUAUAUUGAUCUUCCUUUACCAGUUGUUAAUCCUUUAUUUCAUAAAAUCAUUGGAACUGUUUUGAAAAUGUCCUGUCUUUCAUGUUUUCAUAUACAAACACCAACCCAUGUUAAAAAGAUCUUGACAAUACAAAUAAAAUUAUUGAAUUGUGGACUGUUGACUGAAGCCAUGGAAGUUGAGGCCAAAAUAACAGAAUUGAUCUUGGAAUAUGAAAAAUAUGAAAAUAUUCCGGAAGAAAGUAUUUCAUCCAUAUUGGCAUAUGACCAAUUGGCUACUGAAACUUUUGAAAAACUUGGUGGUAGAUAUGUGUUGAGCACAAACACUGAAAAGUUACAAAAUCAUGUCAUAUAUGAAAUGUUGAAAGAGGUGAAAACUAAAGCUGCUUGUAUGUUUUGCAAACAAAGAAUUGACAGGAUUCAAGCUUUGAAAAAUAGGAUAAUACUGAACAUUAGGAAAUCAGAUUUGAACAAAUCUGCAAUUGGUGAUAGAGUCUCCGAGGCCCAGUCGAGAUACAUCACUCCUGAAGAAUCACGGAAAUACAUGAGAAAUAUUUGGAAAAAUGAAAAAGAUUUUCUGGUGCAGUUGAUAUCUGUUCUUUCAGAUAUCACCAUGGAGCAUCCCACAGAUGCUCUCUUCUUCGAAGUUUUACCAGUGCCACCAAAUAACGUUAGACCC